UUUGCCUGCUGACCACGGGCUCAGUGAAGACGCCCUUAGCAACAACUCACAGCUGCGUCGAAUAAGAUACUCCGACAGCGAAGAAGAGGGAAUUAAACGUCGCCGUCUUAUCGCACAGGGUCCAGGUGAACCUAUUCUACUCGAGAGGGAUGCUCCGAAUGUUCCUGCAGCCAACAUGGGGCAUCAACACAGCUAGGGAGCUAGCCUAUUUAGGCUAGCCGCCCCCCCCAAAAAAAGACCAGCGAAGCAACCCUAAGCUGCCCCGAAGGAGGACACCGUCCUUGGGGCUUCACCGAGUGGUAGCAUCGCCGUUUGCUAGCUACAAAAUCAGCUAACCGGGAAUAGCACGGGAAUGGUGCACUGGAUCGACUCACUGCACCGACAGAGAAAGGCGAGGGGCACAAGGGUCAGACCACCAAAGUGUAAUAUUUGGACUCACACUAUUUUUAACAGAGGGAGCGGCGCCCGGACGAACGACUGUUUUUGUGGCUGUGCGGGCUAGCUGGCUAGCUAGCAGCGAGAAACGACCCCCACCACCGCCUGCUCAGGUUUUUCAAACGGCGUCCACAAGGCUGAUGUUAGCCAGGGCGACUGUGAGCGCAGCACGCUGAAUACACAACUUCGUUUUUUGUAAUAAAUCCAAGGAUAAACUACAGAUUCAAAGCCAUAAAAGAAGCAACAAUAGUUGAGUCAAAACCGCAGCUCAAAUGUGCUAUCAUUAGCCAACAACAACAAAGUCAGCAAAGUUUGCUACGUGCUGUCGUAGUGUGAACACUCGUUUUCCACUUUUGUAUUCUUUUUUUCCUCUUCGGAUGCUGGCAUCACACAUUAAUUUCAAAAAUGAUGAUAAUAAGCAGAAAACCAGAGGGCCCAAUAGCAACAGCACGCCACGGUGACGGCCUGUAUGACUCGUACAUGAGGACUGACCAUAUCCUCAAAGACGAAGGAGAUACAAACAGUCCGUCUGGGCUGCCACCGAUGCCCAAACACACAGUUGUCAGUAACAAGACUGUCUUGAGGGAUCAGGUAACUGUGCGAGGUGGCCAGCUGAAGGUCAAGUACCUGUACGAAGACUCGACCAACAACCGCAAGAUAAAUGCUAUAACCACAGCAUCCACCCAGAACAGUGGGACCACCGGACAGACGCCCAGUAAAACUGCGAUGGUCCCCAAUGUGUCCAAGGAGCACAGUGUAGAGAGCACUGAAUCCACCAAGGGCUCCACGGAAUCACAGGGAGUUGGGAGUGGAGGGAACAGUGGGAAGCUGUGUGGCCCACUCACUCCUGACCAGGCUCUGAGACUGUACCGAUCUCAACUGACCACCUUGGAGCAGUCAGAGAUUCACUCCUACCCCGACAUCUACUUUGUGGGACCCAAUGCCAAGAAGAGACCCGCUGUUGCUGGUGGCAACAACAACUGUGGCUAUGAUGAUGAGCAGGGUGGUUACAUUCACGUCCCUCAUGACCACCUCGCCUACCGUUAUGAGUUUCUUAAGAUUAUCGGUAAGGGAAGUUUUGGCCAGGUGGCCAAGGUAUACGAUCACAAGCUGCAGCAACACUUGGCCUUGAAAAUGGUGCGUAACGAGAAGCGUUUCCAUCGGCAGGCGCAGGAGGAGAUCCGCAUCCUGGAGCACUUGCGCAAGCAGGAUCGAAAUGGCACCAUGAACGUUGUACACAUGCUUGAAAACUUCACGUUCCGCAAUCACAUCUGUAUGACCUUUGAGCUGCUCAGCAUGAACCUAUACGAGCUUAUCAAGCGCAACAAGUUCCAGGGCUUCAGCCUGCCACUGGUCAGAAAGUUUGCACACUCCAUCCUGCAGUGCCUGGAGGCCCUGAGCCGACACAGAAUUAUCCACUGUGACCUCAAGCCAGAGAACAUCCUGCUCAAACAGCAGGGACGUAGCGGCAUCAAGGUAAUUGACUUUGGCUCCAGCUGUUUCGAACACCAGCGUGUUUACACCUACAUCCAGUCUCGGUUCUAUCGGGCUCCAGAGGUUAUACUCGGUUCACGUUAUGGCCUUCCUAUAGACAUGUGGAGCUUCGGCUGCAUACUGGCAGAGUUGCUCACUGGCUACCCUCUGUUCCCCGGCGAAGACGAGGGCGACCAGCUGGCCUGCGUCAUGGAGCUUCUGGGUAUGCCUCCGCAGAAGGUUCUGGAGCAGGCCAAAAGGGCAAAGAACUUCAUCAACUCAAAGGGCCACCCUCGCUACUGUGGCGUCAACACCCUUCCCACGGGGGCCACUGUGCUGACGGGUUCUCGCUCCCGUCGUGGGAAGAUGAGAGGCCCUCCUGGUAGCAAGGAAUGGAGUGCUGCUCUCAAGGGCUGCGAGGACCCCACCUUUACUGACUUCAUAAAGAAGUGUUUGGACUGGGACCCCUCAUCUCGUCUCACCCCGAGCCAGGCCCUCAGGCACCCUUGGCUGUAUCGGAGACUGCCAAAGCCUCCGAUACAGGAGAAGAGCCAAGGGGCCGUGGUAAAACGACUCCCUGAGCACCACAGCACCUCCUUCCCUUCUAUCAUGGCCAAAGGGGGGCCAGGCUUAGGCACCACUGCUGCCAACAACAAACUGAGGAGCAACAUGUUGGGAGAUUCAGGGGAGGCCAUACCUCUUCGUACUGUCCUACCUAAGCUGGUCUCCUAGAGUGAGAGAGAGAGUUGUUUUAUCUCCUCUCUCCAUCCACUCUCUCCUUCUCUGCACUUCCCAGGAGGAGUCAGAGUGUAGGAGAAAGUGGAGCCUAGGUUUUAACUUUUUGAUUUGUUUGAUUGUUCUUGUAUUUGUUUUAUACUGAGAGGUGUCGACACCCCAGUUUCUGGUUUUUAAUAUUAGCUGAACAGAGAGGGAGAGAGAUUAAAAGAAACACUCUAAAAAAGUUUUUAUACCGAGGAUUUUCUCGAGUGGCUGUGGAGUUUCUGUACACAUCCAAACUGAUGUGGUUUGAUUUAGAUAAUGCUUUUUUAAAAGAAAAACCUUCCUCGUGUGAGUGGGCAACUCUAUAAAUGAGCAAAUGUUUUGAACCUGUGUGUGUCGUCACGUGAGUGUUGUGUUUUUAGUAAAACACACUCAAGCACACCUGCACUGUCACUUGCCUCACUUCACACCCUAAACACUUGGCACGCUGCCCUUUCUGGGGCUAUUCUAUAUACAAGUGACACUUGAAAGGGCUACAGAGAUGACUCUUAUCAGGUUAGAGUUAGCAAACAAAGAUUUGCACAGCAAACACCAAUUGCUAUAGUGAUAUUAAGAAAAUCAUGCUGUAGUGUUUGGGCCCUGACACUGAUGAAGUUAUCCCUCACACAAAUAACGUAAAUGCCUUUGUACAGGUAUUGAGGGAUUGGCAUUAUGUAGUCAUUUUUUAUUUAGCAAUAAGUCUUCACUCUAUAAUUAAGCCCUGAUUUCUACCUUACCCUGGUGCUUGAAUGUGAGUGUGUGUGUGUGUGUGUGUGCGCUUUCGCUUAGUGGUGCUGGCAUUGAGAGGGAGCAUAGGGCAACCUAUUUACAGCCCCAUCCUCCUCCUCUCAGCUCCCACAUUUGAGUGGAGAGAGGUGGGGGAUGGGGAGGACCGUAGCUCCAGAGGAACUCUUGUCACAAAGGUGUCACCGUCCGCCACACUCAGUACUUCACAAACUGGUUUGUGUGAGGCAGAGAGCCGAAAGACGCUGCACACGUGCACACAUAUGUGGGACAACUUCCAGGAAAGUUGUCCUUUGGAAAAGUUUAUUAUGAAUCUCACCUGUCCAUUGCCCCUCGUUGUUAGCUGUUGUUAGCAUUGGUGCAUUAAUUCUAAUGGAGGUGUGGUGCAAGUCAACAAGAGUCAUGGGAUAAAAUGAAGAGUAGCAUGUUUUAAUAUGAGCCAAGGUUGUUUUUUUUUUUCUUCUUCCCUCUGUGGGAGGUGAAGGUGAGUUGACAGGACGGGUCAGUGACAAAGUAGGGUUUUAUGGUACUGCAGAAAGAAGUGUUUCUCAGGGAGACAUACUUGAUACAUCCCUUAAUCUUAUAAUAACUGUGUUCCACUUUCAGUCCUCUGUCCCGACUAUGGAUGAACAUGCAUGCAGUUCUGUCCUCUGAGAGCGAGAGAGCAUAUAUGUGUGUGUGUGUAUAUAUAUAUAUAUAUAUAUCACACACAUAUAUAUAUGCGAGUAUGUCUGUGAAAGGGGGUCUGCAUGCUCCACAGUCUGACCUACAUUCUCUCUCCUCUCCUCCCCCACCAUAUCUUUCUGUGUCGUGUAGGGCAAAGAACCUCUUAAACUCACACAUAUAUAGUGAAUUAUGGUGCUGUCCAAAAUCUGCACACACACUAGACACGCACACAGACACGGAGACACACCCGGUGCAUGUUACUAUGGACCACACCACUCCCAACUUUUUUCUCCCGUCCCUCGUUUUCUAAGCGAAAUUGUCAGGGAUUUCUACUCUGUCUCCAUUUUUUUUAUAGAAGUGGUUUCUAUUGCUUUUCACUCCAGAAUAUCAGAAGGAUGAAAAAUGCAAAAAUGGAAAAAGAGAAAAAAUUGUAUAUUGUCAUGUUGUACUAGUUGUGUGCGUUAGUAGGAGGGUGUUUGGUAUUCCAGCAUGAAAUCACAACCUGUUAUCAGACUGAGUGACUAUGAGAAGAGAAACUGUACAGUAACCAAAUGAAGGUGUGAUAGUUUCUUUUUCUAAAGAAAAUAAAAAUGAUUAUUAACUGAA